CUCCUCUUGAUGAGUCACAAAUUUCUCUUCCUCCUCUGCUCCCCUCACAACAUUGCCUAACCGUUAUUUCCUCUAUGGUGGCUCUCUGGAAAAACAACAAUGAGUGCACCAACAACCGCUAACACAGAGAUCACAAAUGGACACAAGGAAAAUUUCGAUGAGGCCAAAGUGCUGAUGUCCAGCAAACCGCUUCAUCGCUUUGUCCAAAGGGAUCCUCAAAGUCUUGGGGUUGUUAUUAUGAUCUGCGGCUUUGCUGAGGUCAUGAUGGGAUUCAUCUUGAUCAGUGAAACCCCGGAAAACUCCAAUGAAACUCUAGGAAACUCCACUUACCUCUAUAUACCUUUCUGGCAGGGAGCCUUGUUUCUCAUCUCUGGAAACCUGUCCAUCUACACCACCGCAUUUCCAUCGAAAAGGAUGGUUACAGUUUCUUUGGCCAUGUAUGUGGUUUCCAUCUUUGGCAUUAUGGUCUCUGUAGGAUACAGGAUAGUCUGCGUUUCCACCAAUCGCAUUUUCAGAACGAGUGUGACAAGUUGGACCUAUAAGAGAUCGGUGCAAAUUUUGAGUAUUGAAAUAAUAUUGUGCGCAUAUUCAGUCUGCAUAUUUGUGCUGCUCAUCUUCUUGUCGGUGGUUGCUCGCUUGGCUUUGAAAUCCACAAACACUCAGAUCCUUUUCCAGCGGAUUUCAACGCCGCAGCGUGACACAACAUCCUAAUAGUGAUCAUAAUAAUAGGUCUGCUGCAGUUCUUCAUCAUAUUUGUAUGCGUUAUUAACACAACAUUACAAGUUACUUUUAUAAUCUAAAAACAUCCAAUACUAAUCUACAGUUUUCCUUUGCAAAGGCAAAAACAACUCUGAUGAAACUUAUAAGAUAUUGAUUUCAAAUGUGUUUUGGGAUUUUAUUUAUUAUAUUACAGGGUGCCCUGUAAGUCUCCAUAAAUAGGGAAAAAAAAAAUGUUUUUUUUUUUUUUUUAAUAUGUUUGAUAUGCUGCCAUUUUGCCUGGAACACAACACCAUGUAUGUCAUCCACUGCAAAAGAACACUUCAAAGAAAAUCUGGAUUUAUGUUUGUAACGGUGUUUGCGAUGUUUUGUAUCUUUGCCUGAUACACCAUACAGUCCCUGACAAAAGUCUUGCCACUUAUCCAUUUUGUAGAAACAAUUGUUCAUGACCUGACUUUUAAUUAUUCAAUUGGUUUCAGAAAUGGCUCAUAUGAAAGCUAAGACCCUCCCAAACGAUGUUGAAUGUACAAAA